AUGAAUCAGGAUCUCACUCGUCUUGAAAGAUUUGAUGGAAACAACUUUACCCGUUGGAAGGAAACCGUUUUGUUCUUUCUCACUACUGUCAAUAUGAGUUACAUCAUCAGCAAAGACCUUGAACCAAUCCCUAAAGACAAAGAAGGUGAUGAUGAGGCAAAGAAAAAGGAACUGAAAGAACAAAGGCAAAAGCGAAAGACUGAUGAAUUCUUAUGCAGAGGGCAUAUCUUGAAUCAACUUGUUGAUAGCGUUUAUAGUGCACAUCGAACCACUGAAGGAGGAGCAAAGACAUUGUGGGACGCAGUGGACAAGAAGUACCGCAUUGAAGAGGCAAGUAACCAAAAGUUUUUAAUUAGCAAUUACAUUGAUUAUAAGAUGAGUGAUUCAUAUUCUGUUGUUACCCAAGAACAUGAGUUAGGUAUCCUUGUCAGUAAACUCAAGGAUGCUAAAAUUAAUCUUCCUGAAGCAUUCCAAGUUGGUGUUGUAAUUGAAAAAUUACCUAACAGUUGGAAUAGCUACAAGAAGAAAUUGAAGCAUGAGGAGGAAACCCAUACCCUAUGUGCAGCAUUGCAACAAAAUGACCAGAUGAAGAAGGAUACUUCAUAG